UGUCUCUUUUUCCCUCGAUUUGAUCGGAAAUUAACGUAGAAAACAGCCGUUGGGAUGCUCCGAUCGCUGCCCGCAGACGUCGGUGGAGCGGCCCAAUCGCGGGAUAUGAUCUGUUUUCGUGUUUAUUUGCCUCAUUUCGUGUUUUCUUGGAGUAAUUUCUCGGUUUUGGUGGCAGAUGAGAGCGGAAAGGGGGGAGGAAUGUAUGCCGUGGACGGCACCUCUUGAGUGUUUCUUUUCUUAUUGAUCGGCUUUAAGGAAUUAGCUUCCGAGUUUCUUUCUGUUUUUUUGGUUAAUUUUUGGAUUUUUUUUUUGCUAGAAGUUGGCGAUUUAUUUUAUAUUGAUUCGUUUAACGUGAUGAUAGAUGAAGGACGGGUAGCUGUCUCGUGCAUUUGGUUUGGUUGUUAAAAGUACUUAACUCGCUAUGUGCCUUCUCUCAGAUGAGAUGAGAUGACUGGAUUUUGAUUCAUUUCUUGAGCUGCUAUCAAUCAACGCCUCCUCCUUCCUAGCUGUUAUGGGGUCGGAAGCUCUGUACUUGUCAUUCCUUGUGGAUUCUGUCUUAUCUUCAAGUGGGACUCAAUGAUAGUAAGUGGUGAAACAAAGACCUUGUUAUGAAUGAUGGCAGCUUAGAGGUUUAUAGGUAUCAGACCCACAUAAUAAACCUCAACCUAAUUCAGACAUUGUUGAAUUAUAGAUCAAAACUUAAUUCUAGUUCUCAUUCUUUAGCUUUGAUUGGAUUUGUCAUUUUGGAUUUUGAUUGUUUGAGAAGAGCAUGAGGGUUUCUUUUCUACUUCCAUCUAUUGAAGAGAUAUGGUGUUAAACUUGGAAUGAGGAAUCCGCCGAUUUUAGGGAGAUAAGGUUAGGAUUGAUCCAGUGAUCGAAUGUUAUAGAAACGAAAGGGGAAAAGAAGAACACGAAGACAAGUUUAAGUGCACCUGACCAUUAGCAUUAUAAGCUUCUGCAAUGGGCUUGCCUCAAGUCUCCCCCAAAGUAACUGAUGAAUUGACAACAGCACUGAUCACAUUUGUUUCAACCCCACCUCCAUCUGGUGGUUUAAGCUGCUGUGAUUUUGAUGGGCUACAUGGGGGAAGCACAAAUAACAGGAUCGCAGGAGAUUUUCCAUGCUCCUCUAUUGGUGAUUUUCAGAGGAAAACCAAUUUGGAACUCCCAAAAGGAACAGAUGGGCUGUUUAAAUGUAGAAAUACCAUUGAUGGUGCCGCAAACUUUCAAGGGCUGAAAAUUGAUUCUAGGGCCACAAAUGGCCGAUUAUUUCCAAAAAUGGGACAGAGUGUUCAACGGCCUGCCAUGAGGGUUGUGGGUUUUCAAUCAAAUCAACAAGGGUCUUCUGUUAAUGGUUUUGAGAACAAGGCAGCUGAUGGAAUUUAUCCCUCUGUAGCUGUUGGUGGCACUGAUCCUUCAAAAACUGAUCCUCAUGGCCAGCAAGUGAGGAAACGCUUGUUAUCUCCUCUGAGUAGCAUGCUUCACAAGGAAUUCCAUGGCGAUCUAUUAGACAUUGCUUGUGAUGAUGCUAGAAUUGAUUCAUCUGACUCAUUGAGGAAACAUAGUAUUUUUUCAUCACAGGAUUGUAAGAAAGCCAAUAUUGGAAAUGCUAGUUGCUUUGAAGCUCCAGUUUGGCCUGUCUCUAGAUGUUCAAAUUGGAGGAACAUGUUAGAUGACGGUAGAAUGACUUGUGAUUUUUUCACUGAUGGCCCUUUGCUUGAAAACAAGGAGGCCUUUUCCCACGAUCAUCAAUUAUCUGCUUGGGGAUUUGAUCCCAGCAAAGAAACAAGUGAGAUAAGAACUUUUUCCAGGGAAAUAGCCAUUCCUCCAAAAAAAGUGCACUCGCCACCACUCUCCUUCUCUCCUCUUGGUCCCAAGUGGCCUGAAAAAAUGAAACUUGCAGGAGUUCACAGGGAUUUUGCCAAAGACAUGGAAAGUGAUUUUUCAGUUUUAAAGAACUGUAAAAAAUCAAGUGAUGGGAAUGGAACUGGAAUACUUGCAACAUCAGAAGAUAAUUUUAGGAGAAGAGAAGAGGAGACUGGCAUGCUGCAUGAGGAAGAAGAUCCAUUUACCUCCAAAAGAAGCUUGGAUGUAGGCUUUAACUGGGGUCCUGAGUCUGCACCUGCAUCUCAUUGCAUGCAUCACAUCAACAGUUUGACCAUGCUUCCUGUCAGGAGGUCAUUGGUUGGUUCCUUUGAAGAGUCUCUCUUAUCUGGUCGGUUCUUGUCUGGGAAAGUCAGUCAGAGAAUUGAUGGUUUUCUGGCUGUGCUAAAUGUCACCAGAGGUAACUUUUCACCACCAUCUCAGAAGCUUCCUUUUGCUGUGACAAGCAUUGAUGGUGAUAGCUCCUUGCUAUACUAUGCAUCCAUUGAUCUUGCUGGACGUUUGCCAUCAAACAAGUGUAAAGGUCCAAAAUGGAGAAGAAGCCUUAGCAAUGGUGAUUCUCGAGCAGUCAAAAGUCGCUUGCGCAUUCCUAUGAAAGGAUGCAUACAACUGGUUCUUAGCAACCCGGAAAGGACUCCUCUGCACACAUUCUUUUGCAACUACGAUUUGAGUGAUAUGCCUGCUGAGACAAAGCAGACAUUCAUGCGUCAGAAGGUCACUCUGGCCUCUUCGCUGGCUUCUCCAAAUCCAGUGAAAGAAGAAGCUAAGAAUCAUGACAUCAACAUUGGGCCUAAAGAUAUACCAGUUUCCGGUGGAAGUGUACAUAGCAAGUUUAACAGCAAACCAGCUGAAUGUUGUGUACAUAAUGGUGACAGUCAGCAUCAUGACAUGGCAAGUAAAUCAAAAAGUACAGAAAAGAGAAGCUCGGCAUUUUUCUCAUCUGAGGACUGUCUUGGAGAACCAAAUGGGUUUGAAUAUGUCAUGAAUACAAACAAUAGUACUAAAUUGAACAAUAGCCAGUCUCAUAAAAUUGAUGACUGUAGUCAAUUGGAUAUGUGUCAUUUAACUAGCAGGAAACCUGCUAAUAGCUCUUCAAAGGUGAAUAAUAAUUCAACUGGUGCUGGUGUUCUCCGUUAUGCUCUGCAUCUACGCUUUAUAUGCCUGCCUUCUAGGAAAUAUUUAAAGUUGAAGCAGAGAUGCAAAUUUGAUUCUUCUUCGUUACCGCAAACAAAAAACAUGGACAUUGAGGAGGAGCGACGCUUUUAUUUAUACAAUGAUCUUAGAGUUGUGUUUCCUCAACAUCAUUCAGAUGCUGGUGAGGGCAAGAAAUGGUCUGCUAAGCUACGAAGGCUGCUAUGCCUUACCAAUCCCUGGCCAUGUUGUUAUUUUGCUGACACUCUAUCUGCUGAAAUUAGAGCCGGAUUUAGCAGUGAGGUUUCUGAAUAUGAAUUCUUUAACGAAGCAGCUACAGGUGGAGCACCAUUUUCCAAAUGAUCCAAAGUACUUCAACAUAAGCAACUGACAGGGUUCAUUGACCUGCAUGGCUGUCUCGGCCCUGGUGAAAUGUACAUACGUUCGACUCCCAUGGUCAUCUUGGUGUUUACCAUUUCUCUCUCAAUCUGUAAAUAACUUUCUUUCUUUAGUGAUCACUUAAUCUCCACAUCCCAGUGUUCUUGGUAUUUGCUUGAAUUUUAUCCUGUCUUCCUAGUUGGGUACCAAGGCGAGUUUGCAAGCUAGUUUAUUGCUUCUGCUGUUCAUCAAAGUGAUUAUAUCCUAAGCAUUUGCUGCAUAACUUGAGUUUUGCUGAGGUCACAUCCGGGACCUCAGCUGGUUGGCAUCUUUUUCUCUAAAUGAGAAAUUGAUAGAAACCUCAUUCCUAUAAAUAGAAUUUUAAGCAAAAGAAAAUAAAAAAGGAGAAAAUAGAAAGAAGGAGAAGAUGACCUUCAAAAGUCUUCAAACUGAUUUUGUUAAAUUGAUUUUGAUGUCUAGAUGGCUUUAGAACACUAUAUAUUUAUUGGUUUAUUUUUAAUUGUUGUAUAAGAGUAAGGAAAAGCAAACCAGGAAACAUGAGAUAGCCAAUACUUUGGAUUCCUAAACUAAAAUUCUAUCAUAAAUCAAAUUAAAAUUAGGAUUCUAAAAUAAGAAACCUAUCAUUUCAUUCCCCCUCAACAUGAUCUUGUCUUGAAGGGCGAAUUCUUUUAGAUGAUACUUGGUGAUUGUGUCAAACUUUCUGCAACAAUGUCCGUGAUGCUACUUUUCAUCUUGAUUUUUUUUUCCAUGAUAAGCUGCUUAACUUGUUUGUUGUUUAGUGCAUCUUCUUCAAACAUUUCAAAUUGCUUGUAAUUCAUUCUCUUCGUAAGCAUCGAUUAUUUUUAUCAAGCUUUUCUGUUGUAAUAAGGCAAAAACAGAUACCUGCCAACAUAGCAUGGGGCUCAUACAUUUUUCACCUUAUAAAGAGUGUGUGAGCAAAGUUUGUUAAAGUUUCCCACAUGUUGCUGUUCUUAUCAAUCAAGAGCAAGAUUAGCUGUCUGGGUAUCGAGCUCCAUAUCAGUGCCACUCUGGUGUCAUGUUGAUAUGGGAUUGGUUCGAUGUAUCGAAUGUCUGUAUGUCUUUUGUAAUGUGUAUCGAUAUUGAACAAGUGUGAUAUGGUAUGCUUUGUACUUUUGGUUCA